AUGAAGUUCUCAAAUGUAAAAUUCGUUGUGAACAGCUCUUCUCACUCGCCAACCUUCAAAACCCACAAAAUAAUCGAUGGCGAGGUCAUUUUUACACCUAUCCAAGAGACCAGCAUUGAAGACAUAAGCAUCACAUUCAAAGGCAUGACACGAAUCGAAGUCGAGAACAUGAAUACACAUCUUCCUCUGCCUUUCAGCCGAAUCCACAAACCCUUUCUAAGCAUGGAGUUGCCAAUUUAUGACUAUUUAUGGGAUACAAACACCCUUAAACCUGGCAAGUGUUAUCGAAUGCCCUUCAAGUUCACCGUGCCCGAGGAACUUCCCAUCCAUGCCUGUCAUCAUCAAUGCGGCAAUCACCAAAUCCAACAAGAACAUCUGCAGCUACCUCCAAGUCUUAGCUACCGUGCCACGAAAUCCCACGAAAUCCAUGACAUGUCACCAGAGAUGGUGGAAGUGGUCUACAGCAUUAACUUUGUGCUCUGGCAGCGAGAUGGCAAGGCAGGAAGGUCGAAGAAAAUCCAGGAAUCAACACAUCCUGUGCAAAUCCUCCCAACACGAUACGAUCAUCCUCCAAUCCUUGUUCCAAGCAAAAGCAAGUAUUACCGACUACGAGAAGAGAAGUCUUUGGUUACAGGGAUGCUGCGGCAUGCAUGUGGCAAACUUGCUGCCUGUUCUGUUCAACCCCCUGCGAUUCGGCUGCAAAGUCUCCAACCAACGAAGAUAGAUGCGUUAACAUCUGUGAAGAUUGAUCUCCGGUUUGACCCUGCUCAUUUGGGUCAAUUGCCACCAAGUCUUCUUGCCGCUGAAUUUCAGUUGCGGGCGAUGACGUUCUUUGGGCUGGAGCCAUGGCAACAUUAUCCAGAUCUGACUGAUGUUUCUACAUGGGGUGCACGACGAGAGUUCUGGUCAGAUUGUGUGGCAUUGGCCGCGAACGAUGAAAUAAAAAUGGACUGGAGGUCUCAAACAGAAGGGAGGCGCACGAUUUUCACUGCAUCAAUUGAGACUUCGGUUUCACUACCUACCCAUCGAUGCUACCCACCCACUUUCCAUUCAUGUUUAAUCUCGCGGGUGUAUUCCCUGAAGGCAAAGAUAUUCUAUCGAGUAGAUGGAAAGGCCCGGAGUAGAUCAUCCAUAUCGGUUUCUGUUCCAGUGGAGAUUUGUGCAAUAUGA